GUCUGGAGUCGCCAUUUUGCUCCUAGAGACGCUGCUUGGAGACUCGGCGUGUUCUUCCUUCGGCAGUGGUGGCUGCGGCGGGGCCGGGGCUGGGGUCGGGGCCAGGAGGAAUUUUGUUGUCAGAGAAUAAAAGGAGGUUGUCCAUAACUGACUUUAAGCAGCAAGCAAUAGAACACUGAGCUCUUCAGCUCCGCCUUUCUUGCUCUGAGAAUUGGAAAACCAAAAAGGUUUUGAUGUUUUGUGUGGUGCCACCUGAAUUAGAAACCAAGAUGAACAUAACUAAAGGAGGUCUGGUGUUGUUUUCAGCAAAUUCUAAUUCAUCGUGUAUGGAGCUUUCAAAGAAAAUUGCUGAGCGGCUGGGAGUGGAGAUGGGCAAAGUGCAGGUUUACCAGGAACCUAACAGAGAAACAAGAGUACAAAUUCAGGAAUCCAUAAGGGGAAAAGAUGUUUUCAUCAUCCAGACUGUUUCAAAGGAUGUGAACACCACCAUCAUGGAGCUCCUGAUUAUGGUGUAUGCAUGUAAGACCUCUUGUGCCAAAAGCAUCAUAGGCGUAAUUCCCUACUUUCCAUACAGCAAACAGUGCAAGAUGAGAAAAAGAGGCUCUAUUGUUUCUAAGUUGCUGGCUUCGAUGAUGUGCAAAGCGGGUCUAACUCAUCUUAUUACUAUGGAUUUACACCAGAAGGAAAUACAGGGCUUCUUCAAUAUUCCUGUUGAUAAUUUAAGAGCAUCUCCCUUCUUAUUACAGUAUAUUCAAGAAGAGAUCCCGGAUUACAGGAAUGCGGUGAUUGUGGCCAAGUCUCCAGCCUCAGCCAAGAGGGCGCAGUCUUUUGCCGAGCGCCUGCGACUAGGAAUUGCAGUCAUUCACGGAGAAGCACAGGAUGCCGAGUCUGACUUGGUGGAUGGACGGCAUUCCCCACCCAUGGUCAGGAGUGUAGGGGCCAUUCACCCCAGCCUGGAAAUCCCCAUGCUGAUUCCUAAAGAAAAACCCCCAAUCACAGUUGUUGGUGAUGUAGGAGGGAGGAUCGCCAUCAUUGUGGAUGACAUUAUCGAUGACGUUGACAGCUUUCUUGCUGCAGCAGAGACGCUGAAGGAAAGAGGUGCAUAUAAGAUCUUCGUGAUGGCAACUCAUGGCUUGUUAUCUUCAGAUGCUCCCCGGCUGAUUGAGGAAUCUGCCAUUGAUGAGGUGGUGGUUACCAAUACAAUUCCACAUGAAAUCCAGAAGCUCCAGUGCCCCAAAAUUAAAACUGUGGAUAUCAGCAUGAUACUUUCAGAAGCCAUUCGUCGGAUUCAUAAUGGCGAGUCCAUGUCCUACCUUUUUAGAAACAUAGGUUUAGAUGACUGAAACUUUCCUUUCUUAAAGCUCCAAGGGCCAAACUGGAAAUGUAAAAAUAGGUACCAUGAGGGAUCAUACCUACUUUGGUGUAUUUCACAGGGACUGUCUGUGUUUUGUUCCUUUCCUUUUGCCAAUUCCUGUGAAAGUUGACCAACUUUUUAUGUUGGGUUGGGAGUUUGUGAGUUUUUCAGGAAAUUUUUAUAAAAGAAAACUAUGUUCCCCUCAAAUAAAAUAAGCUAAUACCUGAUUGUUUUUAGUUUAACUAUUUAAAAAAUAAUUUGGAGUAAGAUUUUUAAGCUCACAAACAGCCUUUUUUCCAAAGUUGCUAGAGCUCAAGUGCAUAAAAAAGUUAAUGAUCUACUAUAUAAUACCUAUAGUUGAAAAGUCAAAAAGAUUAUACUGUUGAAUCCAGUAAAUGACAUUUUUAGAAGUGAUUUUUUUAGACAAGCAUAUGGAAUAAGUAAGCGUUAUUUAUUUUCUGCAACAAAAGAAGGAAUAAAAACUUAAUUUGUGCAUGUUUUUUUAAUCUUUGUGUUUUGGCAGUUGUUUUAUAACCAAAAUAAAAUGAAAGCUGAAUAUACAUGCUGUGAAUGUUGAAAUGUU